ACUCGGGCACACAGCCAAAAUGUCGUCACCUCCCUCACCACCACCACCAGCUGUGAUGGACCACAAGCUGGAGCCAGAGAAACGAGACGGAUUCGGACGCUGGACGGAUAUUCGGCAAGCCUCUCGCUAAAAGAGUAAUUACCCUUGAUAACGAGAAAUUAAGAAAAGCGUUUCCAGAGAUUCCGUUAUUUUACGAAUAGGGAGCCACAAGUUCGCACUACCAAGCACAUAUGGCCUUCACCGAAGGUUGUGCGCGCCGAGCCGACAUUCAACGAAAGCGGGUGAUUUACAUGCAGAUUUGAUGGCUGAUGUGGCCGAUGUGGCAGCCUGUCAGAUGCUACACUUAUGCAGAGAACUCCGCAUUGCUCGCGUCACAUAUGCGGUUUGACCUUUCCUUAGUCCGGCCCCAAGCUCGCGCUAAGUGACAAGUGGCUGAGUGACAUGGCGUGACACUUACACUCUUCAGCGGCGGCAUGCACGCCGAGAUGCCUGGCCCGGAUACGAGAUUGAAGGGAGGACGCCGCCAGCUUAGCACCGCGGGUACGGCGAGCAUCGCGCUUCGCUUCCCCAAGGUGCGAGUCGGUAUUUGACAUACUUUUCUUCCGUUUUUGGCUCGCCCUUCGUCGUACCUUAGGUUUUUCUUCCAUUUCUUGGCUGCGUUGGCGUAUCCCUGCGUCUGCUACCGGUUCCUGCGAAGUGACACAGCGAAGAGGGUUUCAGGAUGGCCGUCCUGACGCUCCUUACCGUGCUCUGCGCUCUAGCAUCCGUCUGCGCCCAGCCUGUGCCCCGCCCUGGCCCUGUGGCCGCGGGAGGGGGUGGCGGAGUGGCAGCGGGUGGGGGCCCCGGGGGAGCAGCAGCGGGAGGGGGAGGCGGAGCAACAACAGGGGGAGGGCCUGGUGGUGCUGGGGGGCCUUUUCCGCGAGUGGCGCAGCAGGGGCAGGGGGGAAGCCUUGGGGGAGGAGAGCUGGGGGACCUCUAUGCCCAUCUGGAAGCUGAGCUCAAAGGUCAGGGAAGUGGUUAUAUGGGAGGGGAUAUGAACAGUGACGAUGAUGAAGGGCAUUUGAGCGGUGAUGAUGCGGAAGGGCUCAUGCACAUCUACGCCUUCAGCAUUGACAACUCCACAUUCAACCUCCUCUAUGUGCUGACUGUGAAACAUCUUCCGGAACAAAGCCCUCCUACCAACGCCACCAUCACUGACAGCCAGAACAACACUGUGCUCUUCAUCCCCGCCACGUGGCGCGAAACGACUGGCCAGCCAGGGUUCAAGAUGGGAGGUGAUGACAUGAUGAAUUGCACUGGUGGGAUGUGUUACAGUUAUGCUGCUGCUGGCUACUGGCCCAGUGUGAAUCCAACACUUGUUGAUCUGGUAACCAGGAUUGUUGCCGAUCCUGAGUCGUACCGAGGGCAUGUGGCCUUGCCAUCGGGGGAAGAUGUGAGCGGAGAGUUUGAACUAGGCAUGUAGCUGUGCUUUGUUGCUUCUGCGCCUGGGUGCUGGAUCUGGAACAUGUUUCAUCAUUCCAUGGUGAAUGUAGACAUUGUGGAGGAACUCAUGGAUGUAACAAGAAUUGUAUCAUACUAUGAGUGUGUGUGUGUGUGUGAAGAUGGUAACAGAACU